CUGAUAGUGAUAUUGGCGAGAGGCUUACCCGCACUGCUGGGCACUCUGGGUAACUGCUGCAUUGUAUCGCUGAACUGGAAGAUUACAGCCUGAUCCAGGGAAAGGACACCGGGGUGUGUAAAAGAUGGGGAAGCAAAACAGCAAGCUCCGCCCUGAAAUGCUACAGGACCUACGUGAAAACACAGAGUUUUCUGACCAUGAAUUGCAGGAGUGGUACAAAGGUUUCCUUAAAGAUUGUCCGUCUGGCAUCCUUAAUGUUGAGGAGUUUAAGAAGAUCUAUGCUAACUUCUUUCCGUAUGGAGAUGCCUCCAAGUUUGCUGAGCAUGUUUUCCGCACAUUUGAUACCAACGGGGAUGGGACCAUUGAUUUCCGGGAGUUUAUCAUCGCACUGAGUGUCACUUCACGAGGAAAGCUAGAGCAGAAGCUGAAGUGGGCGUUCAGUAUGUAUGACUUGGAUGGUAACGGCUAUAUCAGUCGGGAGGAGAUGCUGGAGAUAGUGCAGGCUAUCUAUAAGAUGGUUUCUUCUGUAAUGAAGAUGCCAGAGGAUGAGUCUACGCCAGAGAAACGAACAGAGAAAAUCUUCCGACAGAUGGACACAAAUAAUGAUGGGAAGCUCUCUCUAGAAGAGUUUAUUAAAGGUGCCAAGAGCGACCCAUCUAUCGUGCGGUUACUGCAAUGUGACCCCAGUACAGCCUCCCAGUUUUAAUCCCUACAGCAUCCUGGGAAACGUCCAAUUCUUCCAGAUGCCGCACUAUGGAGAUAUCCCCUCAUCUCUGCACAGCGGCUCGUCUCUGUACCCUCUUGGGCAUUACAUGGACAUGAAUGCACUGCCAACCCGUUAUCCCUCUCCUACCAUUAUUUAUUUAUUACUUUAAUACUUACUCUCUAAUUAUAUGAAGGGACCACUGGGAUGCAUGAUGAGGGCGAAUCUUUGUGUAGUUAGAACACAGCCACAGAAGCAAUUAAAUACUGUUAGAUAUGCUGCAUAGGGUAAGAAAAUGGCAUCACAGCAUUUUUCGAGCCCUAGGAUAAAAUGAGUGACUGUCGAACAGGGUAAAUAUUCAGUUUAUGUGUUUGUUUGCAAUAAUGCAGAGAAUAACUAUGCACGUUAUAUUUAAUAUAUUUAUUAGGAGUAGGGUGGGUGGGGGUCUUAGCUAUUAUCUUGUCUAAAGUUGCACUCUAUCCCGUGUAUCCUUUCACCCAGCUCUCAUUAGGAGGAAUGGAGAAGAAGUGGUUUCCUCCUGCAGGGAAUAUCUGGCAAGAAUAUUCUGUUCCAGCUUCUCUAAUUACAGCUCAAUCUGUUAAUACCCUUUGAAGUGUGGAGAAAAUUAUCCUUAACCCUUUGCUGCCAGGUGGUUAAGCACAAAACACUUUCUUUUUUUUACAUUUGUGUGUAAAUUUACAUACACACAUUAAAGGGACAGUAAACCCAAAUCGUAAAAAAGACCAGCAAUUAAGCAUACUAAUUUUAUUUACAUUAAAAAAGCUUAAAGGGACAUUAAACACUAAACAAGUGCUAUAUAAAAUGUAUUCAAAGCAAAGAUUAGCCUGGCAAUAAUUUGUGUAUGUAUAUAUAUAUAUAUAUAUAUAUAUAUAUACACACACAUACAUAUAUAUAUGCAUAUAUAUAUAUAUACAGAGUCCCAAAAGGUGUUGCACUCCUAACAUCACAAUUAGCAACUACCGGGGUGCAAAUGUCAUAAAAGAAUUUACAAAGUUCAAAAAAGGCAGCACUCACUGGUGUUUAGAAAAAUAACAAUUAGCUUUUAAUGUAUCAUUUAAA